UACACUAUAUAGGGAAUAGGGAACGAGUGUAUAGGGAACGAUUUCGAACACAGCUCUAGUUCUAUGGUCGGCCCCAUAGGUCGGCCCCCCUCUAGUCGUGUCACGUGACAUUUGGCUCGUACAGGAAGUAGUCUGGAUGUGGAUUUGCCAAGGGCUGAGUAGCUGAGGCAAGCUAUAUGGUUUUAUUUUCUAAAUCAUGUAGUACAUUUGACGAAAUAUAUUAUCGUUCGGCUUUGUGCAAAAAAAUCGAACGAUCGGAGACGGCUCACCUUAUUACGUAAAUGCUGGAUGUAGCUCGAAGCUAUUAUAGCACAAAGCUGGCCCCAUUUAAUGGGGUAAGCAUCCACAAUGACAGCCAUCAAACAUGCGCUCCAGAGGGACAUAUUCACACCCAACGACGAGCGUCUCCUCAGUAUUGUGAACGUCUGCAAGGCGGGAAAGAAAAAGAAGAAUUGUUUCUUGUGUGCAACUGUAACGACAGAGAGGCCUGUCCAGGUCAAAGUUGUAAAGGUAAAGAAGUCUGACAAGGGGGACUUCUACAAGCGGCAGAUAACAUGGGAGCUGCGGGAUCUUGGAGAGGUGGAUGCCAAAGAUCCAAGCAAGGAAAAUCCAGAAUUUGACCUUCAUUUUGAGAAGGUGUACCGAUGGGUGGCAAGCAGUGUGGCUGAGAAGAACUCCUUCAUCUCUUGCAUUUGGAAGCUGAACCAACGCUACCUGAGGAAGAAGGUGGAGUUUGUUAAUGUCAGUCCUCAACUAUUGGAAGAGUCUGCGCCAAGAGGUGAGGCCCAGAGUGUGGCUGGCGGAGAUGAGGACGCCCUAGAUGACUACCAGGAGCUCAACGCCCGAGAAGAGCAGGACAUUGAGGGCAUGAUGGAGGUGUGCGAAUAUGCCAUCUCCAAUGCCGAGGGCUUUGCCGAAAAACUUUCCAGGGAACUACAGGUUCUAGACGGGGCCAACAUCCAGUCUAUCAUGGCAUCCGAGAAGCAGGUGAACAUCCUGAUGCAGCUGUUGGACCAGGCACUGUCCGAGGUGGACAACAUAGAGGAUAAGCUGAGCAGCUACGAGGAGAUGCUGCAGAGCGUCAAGGAGCAGAUGGACCAGAUCUCACAGAGCAACCGUCUGAUCCAGAUCAGCAACACAAAUAAUGGGAAGCUGCUGGACGAGAUCCAGUUCCUUGUGAACUACAUGGAUCUGUCCAAGGGCCACAUCCGGGCCCUGCAGGAGGGAGACCUGUCCUCCCCUAAAGGGAUUGAGGCCUGCAUCAAUGCAUCUGAGGCUCUGCUGCAAUGCAUGAACGUGGCUCUCCGACCAGGUCAUGAUCAGCUGCUAGCAGUGAAGCAGCAGCAGCACCUGUUCAGCGACCUGAGAGACACCUUCGCUCGUCGCCUCACCAACCACCUCAACAACGUGUUUGUCCAUCAGGGCCAUGACCAGAGCUCCACUUUGUCCCAGCACACGGUGGACCUCAGCCUGCCGAAACACAGCCCACUGCACAGGGACCUGCUUCGCUACGCCAAGCUGAUGGAGUGGCUGAAGAACACUCAGAGGGAGAAGUACGAGGGCUUGUCCAUGACCUAUGUGGAAUACAUGACCAGAUUGUAUGAACGAGAAAUAAAAGAUUUCUUUGAGGUGGCCAAGAUAAAGAUGGCUGGCACAAGCAAGGAGGCCAAGGGCAAGUUUGCUACGCUUCCGCGGAAAGAGAGUGCACUCAAACAGGAAUCCGAGAGCCUGCAUGGCAGCUCUGGCAAGCUAACGGGAUCUACAUCUAGCCUAAACAAGCUGGCAGUGCAGGGCUCCAACAGUCGGCGCUCCCAGUCGUCCUCACUGCUCGACAUGGGCAACAUGUCUGCCUCCGACCUGGACGUUGCCGACCGAACCAAGUUUGACAAGAUCUUUGAGCAAGUCCUAAGUGAGCUGGAGCCUCUGUGUCUGGCAGAACAAGACUUUAUCAGCAAGUUCUUCAAGCUGCAGCAGCAUGCCACCGUCCAGCCGCCCCUGGCUCAGCCAGAAACAGAAGAAACGGAUGGAGCGAUUACAUCUAAAGUGACACCUCAGAGCGAACCUAGACCCUCCUUAUCAUCAGAGAAAGACUUGGUACGGAUGAUGAUGAACAAGAUCUUCCAGAGCAUCGAGACGGAGCUUAACAGUCUGAUCGCGCUAGGGGACAAGAUCGACAGCUUCCACUCUCUGUACAUGCUGGUGAAGAUGAGCCACCACGUGUGGACGGCAGAGAACGUGGACCCGGCCUCGUACCUCAGCACCACACUGGGGAAUGUGCUGGUCACCGUCAAGAGGAACUUUGACAAAUGCAUUGUGAGGGUUACUCAACUUGUGUGUGUGUGUGUGUGUGUGUGUGUGUGUGUGUGUGUGUGUGUGUGUGUGUGUGUGUGUGUGUGUGUGUGUGUGUGUGUGUGUGUGUGUGUGUGUGUGUGUGUGUGUGUGUGUGUGUGUGUGUGUGUGUGACAAGGUUUACACCUUGAGCUAUCUGCAUUGCUUGACCCACAUUCAAAGUUCCAAGUCUAGACCCUCCCUUAAGUCAUACUGGUAAAUAAAUC